AUGGGAGAUGAAACUCCAGUUACACCUUCAGCUAUUUCUAAGGAUGAUGGCACUGGUUCUUCAGCUCCUACCAUUGCUCAACAGAUUGAUAUCUCCCAUCCUUACUUUCUUACCCCAUCUGAUAGCCCAGGGAUGAACUUGAUCAACACCAUUUUUGAUGGCACAAGUUAUGGGAAUUUGAAGAGGGGCAUCUUAAUUGCUUUGUCAGCCAAAAACAAGCUCGGUUUCAUCACUGGAGCCUGUCCUCCACCCUUUUCUCAGUCUGCUCUACUCACUCAAUGGAAGAGAUGCAACGACAUGGUACUUUCUUGGUUGCUCAACUCUGUUAGCAAGGAAAUUGCAGAAAGUGUCAUCUACUCUCAAACUGCUGAGGAACUCUGGAAAGAGCUGGAGCAAAGUUGUGAUUGUAAGUGUGGUGCUAAAACUCACAACCAUAAGGUGAAUGAAGACCAAAAAUUAAUUCGAUUUCUGUUGGGACUGAAUGAAGCCUACAAUGGAGUGAGAGGUAACAUUCUAAUGAUGAAACCCUUACCUUUUACUGCUCAAGCCUAUUCCAUUGUAUUACAUGAUGAGUCACAAAGAGAAAUUCAGUCUGAUACUUCCUUUUCCGUUGAGUCUUCUGCUUUUAUGGUUUCUGGGAAAAAAUGGGCUCCUCAGAAACAUCAUGAAGGAGCCAAAGUUGGUAUUCCAAACUCAGGUGCUGAUGGAAAAAGGAGUGAUCUCUUCUGCAACUACUGCAAAAAAUUUGGGCAUGUCAAGGAAGGUUGCUAUAAGUUAAUAGGAUACCCACCACAUUUUAAGUUUAACAGGCAGAAACAGGGUGCAUAUGCUACUCCUAAUGCAAAUUCAGCCAGUUGUACACCUGAACUCACCACAGGAAUUUCAGGAAAUGGUGUUUCCUCUCUUGUUCAGUCUCAUGGAUUUUCUAAAGAGCAAGUCAAGCAGUUGAUUAGCAUGUUUCAAUCUAUACAGAAUGGAGGAUCCACUUCAAACUCUGCUGCCUCACCCAGUGCUAAUCUAGCUGGUAUACACUUUGCUUGUCACUUCUUUACCUCUUUGUUUUCUCUGCUCACUCCCAUUCCUUGGAUCAUAGAUUCAGGAGCAUCUCAACAUAUGACAUAUCAAAAACACCUGUUACACAAUAUAACAGUUCUGUCACCACCAAUUUUGGUCCCUUCAAAGAAGAGGGAUCAGAUUUUUGGUAAAGCUGCAUCAGGGCUCUAUGUGCUGAAGGAUAACACUCGCCAGUUGGAAUCUCGAUCGAUCAAGCCUCAUACACCAGUCUCUUCUCUUUCUAAUGUCGCGUCCAAGUCUUGUAGUCCAAUGCCUUCUUCUAAGUAUGAGUCAGUUUGUCCAAAGUCUUUGUAUCCAGGGGAUGUCAAGUUUGUCGAAACUAUUUUUCCAUUUUCUUUCCCUGCACCAAUGACUAAGUUGUUUCCUGAUUCUUUUCCCAAAUCUGUUCUUCCCACACAUAAUCCUAUUCCUACUUCAAAGGUUCAGUCCCCGUUCACUACACAUUCAACCACUAGUCCUCAUUCCCUUAUUAGUCCUACUUCUCCUAAUGGCGAUGCUUCCUCUCCUACUGGGCCACAUACUCCUACAUCACCAAUUUUUUUAUACCCAUCUCCACCUGCAGGUACACAAGACUCUUUAGAACCAGUGUUAUCCUCAUCACAUGGACCUGAGCUGUGCAAAUCCAUAAGAGUUCACAAUGCCCCUAAGUAUCUCUCCGAUUAUCUCUGCAAUAAUGCUUUUUCUAUUUCUCCUAAUCCUCAUUUCCUUCCAUUCCAUUCCUUUUGUUUCUCUGCCUUAACUAAAGAUAACCAGGGGCUCAUUUCUUCUAUAUGUCACAUUAAUGAACCUCAAACCUAUCACCAAGCAGCUGCUCAUCCUGGAUGGCAAGAUGCCAUGGUAAAGGAGUUUGAGGCAUUGGCGUCUAAUCAUACUUGGGAUAUUGUCGAACUGCCUGAAGGGAAGAAGGCAUUGCCCUGCAAGUGGGUUUACAAAGUUAAGCUGAAAUCUGAUGGGACUUUGGAGUGA